UUCAAGUUGUCAGUCACAGUCUGAAAAGUUCGUCUCUACGAGUCACAAUAAAUAUUCUUGAUUAAAGUUCGAUACGUAAUACAUCACAGCUUAACACAUUUCGCAAGCUUCUGAAUUGCUGACAUUAUACUAUCUCAUUUCGAUGGAUCGCGUCGUUGGCAAUUUUGAGAACAAGUUUAAGCAUUUGGUGAAGGCUGAAAGCAAGGGAAUGGCCCUGAAGCUGGUGGGAUUCUAUGCCGUCGGCUGGACGCUGCGCAAGUUGGUCAAGUGAGAAGCACUUGUCUCCAGUCUCCAAGGAUCCAUUCAAAUGCCCUGCUAAUUGAUAGUCAGUCGUUUCUGUUCUGUACCUCCGUUUUAAAUUCAAUGUACGAAUAAAUGGUGGCCUCACCUCAAUAUCA